AUGGAAACGUUCUUGAAAAUAAAGAAAGUGUUUAUCGCUAAUCGUGGAGAAAUCGCUUGUCGUAUCAUUCGUUGCUGUAAAGAAAAUGGUUUGCACACAAUUUCAAUUUUUUCAAAAGAAGAUGCAGAUGCAAAACAUGUUAUUGAAGCUGAUGAAUCUCAUUUAUUAUCGGGUAUUGGCGCUCAAGCCUAUAUAGAUAUAGAUGAGAUUGUUAAGAUUGCAGUUGAAUCAAAAGCAGACGUUGUUGUUCCAGGUUAUGGAUUCCUAUCCGAAAAUUCCAACUUUGCUGAUGAGUUAUCAAAAGUAGGUAUAUUAUUUGUUGGCCCCUCCACCGUAUCUAUUGAGACAUUUGGGUUGAAACACAGUGCUAGAAAACUAGCAGAAGAGAAUGAUGUACCAACUGUUCCUGGUAGUGACCUUAUCAAGGAUUUUGAUGAAGCUCUUUUCGAAGCAAAUAAGAUCGGUUUCCCGAUCAUGCUUAAAUCUACUGCGGGUGGUGGUGGAAUGGGAUUGAAGGUUUGUCAUGAUUCCCAAGAAUUAAGAAGUUCGCUUCUUGAAGUCAUUUCUAGAGGUGAAACUCUAUUCAAAAAUUCCGGAGUUUUCCUUGAAAAAUAUAUUCAAAAUGGUAGACAUAUUGAAAUUCAAAUUUUUGGUAAUGGUAAAGGAGAAGCAAUUGCCAUUGGUGAAAGAGAAUGCUCCAUACAAAGACGUCAUCAAAAGGUAAUUGAAGAAGCUCCAAGUCCAUUUGUUAACUCUUUUAAAGAUUUGUCUUUAAGACGUAAACUUAGUGUUUGUGCAAUAAAACUUGCUUCAUCAGUUCAUUAUAAAUCUGCAGGGACAAUUGAAUUUUUAAUUGAUGAUGAUACGGGGAGCUUUUACUUUUUAGAAAUGAAUACCAGACUUCAGGUUGAACAUGGUAUUACAGAAUUAAUCUAUAAUGUUGAUUUGAUGAAAUUGAUGUUACUUCAAGCCGAUUAUGAAUUGAGAAAUGAAGUUGGGUUAUCUUUUGAAAAGUUAAACUUAGACUUUGAAUCUAGUGCUGGAAUUUUAACACCGUCAGGUUGGGCAAUUGAAUGUAGAGUUUAUGCAGAAAAUCCUGUUAAAAACUUUCAGCCAAGUCCUGGCAUCUUGCAUUAUGUUGAAUUCCCUAAAUCCGUUCAUGGUUGUAAAUUAAGAAUAGAUCACUGGAUUGAAACAGGAACUAAAGUUUCACCUUACUUUGAUCCAUUGUUGGCAAAGGUUAUGGUAUGGGGUAAAACUAGAGAAGAAGCCAGAUUGGGAAUGAUCCAAUGCUUACUCAAUACAAAAAUUCAAGGACCUCCUGUUAAUAUUGAUUAUUUAAGAAGUGUUUUAGAAUCUCAUGAGUUUAGUGUUGGAAGAACUUUAACAUCCUUUUUAGGAAGUACAUUUAAUUAUGAGCCGCCAUUAAUUGAAUUUAUUAAUGGAGGAUCUUACACUACCAUUCAAGAUUUGCCAGGAAGAGAAAAAUGCAGUGCUGGUAUUCCCUUAUCUGGUCCAAGUGAUUCACUUAACUUUCAAUUAGCUAAUAUAAUUGUUGGAAAUGAAAGGCACGCUGAAGCCAUAGAAAUCAUUCACAAGGGUCCAACCAUUAAAUUUCAUUCAUCGGCCGUCGUAUGUUUGACAGGUGGAGAAUUUAGUUUUAAAGUUAAAGGAAAAAAAUUGCCAAUGUAUACGGCCAUUAGUAUUCCAAAAGGAUCAGUCAUAAAAAUUGGAGGCUUUAAUGGAGAAGGAGCAAAAUGUUAUUUGGCUAUUAAAGGUGGUUUCCCAGACGUUGCAUAUUACUUAGGUUCAAAGAGUUGUACACCAACAUUAAAUCUUGGUGGACAUCAAGGAAGAGUUGUUAUGACUGGUGAUUGUCUCUCCAUUGAAAAGAACGUAUUUAUUGAUGAAUUACAGAUUACUUUUGAGCUUCCUUCGAUAGCACGCCCAAAUUUAGAUAGGUUAACUGAUGACUUUUGGACUAUUAAAAUGUUAAAGGGACCUCAUGAUUCUCCUGAUAUUUGCAGUGAAGAAGGAAUUCAUAACUUUUAUAACAAUUUCAAAUAUAAAGUGAAUCUUAAUUCAAAUAGAGGUAGUGUUAAGUUAGAUGGUCCAAGUGAAGUAUUUUCCAGAAAAGAUGGUGGGGAUGGAGGUAGUCAUCCUUCAAAUAUAUUAGAGUAUCCGUAUCCAAGUUGUGGUCUUAGUGUGGUAGGUAGUGUGAUUAACUUAUUUGGAGUUGAUGGUAGUACUUUGUCGGGCUUUGUUUGUAUUUCUGUUCCAGUAUUGAGUGAGUGGUGGAAAUUUGGUCAAGCCAAGGUUGGAGCUAAUAUUCAAUUUAAAUUGAUUUCAUAUGACGAUGCUUUAAAAUUGAACAAAUUGAGAGAAUCAUUUUUGAAUCAGGUGGAAGUUGCCAUUAAGCUGAAUAACUUCAAAGAAAUACCUAAAUUUGUUGAUGAAUUAGACUCUUACGAGGAAGUCGCCACAUCUAGUAUCUUAUAUCAAAGAGAAAAGAAUGGUGAAAUUCCAUCUUUUGCUAUUAGACAAGCAGGAGAAAGAAUGGUAUUAAUGGAUUUUGGAAUUGAACACUUUAAUUUAUUGAAAAGUGGACGUCAAAAGCUUCUUCAAGACAGAAUUAAUAAACAGCUUGAAGGUAUUGUUGUUAGGAUUGAAGCUAAUACUGGUUCUUUGGGACUCAUUUUUGAUAUAACUAAAAUCGACAGGAAAUCAUUAGUUGAUAAGUUGAUUCACUUAGAAGGCGAUAUACCACCACCACAUGAUUUGAAAGUUAAGAGUAAAUUGUUUGCCCUUCCUUGUUGUUUCGAUCAUAGUGCAAUACAACAUUGUAUUGAUAGAUACACUCACUCUCAAAGACCGUAUGCUCCCUAUUUACCCAGUAAUACCGAAUAUGUCAUGAAAGCAAAUUGUUUGAAACUGAUGGAAGAAUUCAAAGCUUGUGUUAUUGGUCAAACCCAAGUUAUCACUGCCGUAUCAUUCUUGUGUGCCAACACAUUAACGGUUAAUCUUGAUCCAAGGACUCGAUUUAAGACAGGUAAAUUCAAUCCUGCUCGUACAUUUACUCCUAAAGGUGCAUUGGGAUCUGGAUCAGUUGGAAAUUCUAUUUAUUCGAUUGAUUCGCCAGGUGGUUAUAUGAUUUGGGGUAUGGCAUUACCAGAUAUUUGUUGGAAUACAUUUAGUAGGUUAGCAAUUUCUGAUGAACCAUGGUUUUUCAAUAAUUUUGAUCAGAUUGUUUAUUAUGAAGUAACAGAAGCUGAGCUAAACGAAUUGAAUAAUCAAUUAUUGACUGGUAAAUUCGAAUUAGAUGUUAAAGAAGUUGAAUUUGAUUUUGGUAAAUAUGCAGAAUUCUUAGAUGAGAUUCACGAUGAUCUUGAAACAUUGAAUAAAAAGAAGGAUGCAGCAGUAGCUAAAUUAAUGGAAGAAGAAGAUGAAUCUAUGAGUAAAUGGUUAACAGAAACUGCCAAAAUGAAGCCAUCCAAAUCAUCAGGUAGUUCUAAUGAUGAUUUGUUAAAUGACCCAUCUAUUCUCAAGGUUACAUGUACUAUGGCGGCCAAUGUUUUCAAAAUCAACUAUUCCACAGGGUCAAAAGUAUCUGUUCAUGAUAAUUUGCUUGUAUUAGAAGCAAUGAAAAUGGAAAUUUAUAUCAAGGCAAUCAAUGAUGAUGAAAGAUCAUUUGAAGUGGUCGAUAUCGUAGUUAGUGAGGGUGAUGUGGUAAACCCUGGAGAUGUAUUAUUAUUUUUAAAGGCUAUUUAGAUAACUUGUAGAAUGUUUAGAUUCCAAAUUCACCUAGUGAAUACAAUAUAAGUUUAAUUUAAUUUAAUUG